UCUGACUCCCUCCUCUGUGACCAGUGACCAACAGUACAUAAAACAUGACCGUAAGAUCAGCAACCCCCACAGACGUUUAUGCACAUGGAGAUGCACGUGUGGCUCUCUGCUAAUGGUAUUUACUGUGAAAAAAGUGAAUGAAUCUGAUUGUUCAUUUAGCAAGCUUGACAGUUACUUGAUUUCUAGAAAACUUAUGUGCUGUGUUUGCUCAAGAAACAUUUUCAGAUAAUACAGUAAUUCAAAUACCAGGUUGUAACUUGUGUUGAAGUCCAAAUUAAGAAGUAAAAAAGCAUGUUUUCAAGUAAAAGUGUAAGUUAAUGUUGGCUUGUUGCUGUGUCUCAUACGCUGUUUUCUUUCAGAUGAAGAGUCUCUUGAACUCGCCUGGCUUUGGAAUCACAGGAAGUUCAGGGUGAAAAACACUUAAAGGGUUGCUACUGCAACAUUUAAAACUAUUUAAAUUUUGCAGGUCAUUAUCUGUGCAUACUGUCUUGGACAGUACUAUGACUUGAGAGAAAGUAAUAAACUCACAAGAGAGGAGGCCGACAGAAAACAAAGAUUUCUUUGUUUGACUUCAUUAAAAAACAUCACAGCUUAGUGGGGGCAGAGGCAGUGUUUGGCUGGAGCAAGGCGCUGUCAGCAGUCAUUUCAUCUUGCUGACUAAGAUGUAGCUUGUACUGUUGUUCAUACUGCAAAUUUAGUUUUCAAAACAGCUAAACAUAUCAUGUUAAUGUUACAAGUUUUACAAAUUGCACAUAUGCCCUAAUAAAACUAUAUAACCCCUUGCAGUUGAGUAUUUAAAUAUAAACAGACAAAGACAUGUUAAUGCCACAAUCUCCUUUAAAACCUAGUCUGUAGUGGUAUUAAUAGAUUUGAACAAUAGCUAUGUGAGUGCUGCUGCCACGUCCUUGUCUCAGGUCACCACGUUUGAUCAGAGUAAACAGACUAAUUGAUCUCACGUCUGGUAUGUGUCAAUGCAGUAGGUCCAACACACACUCACUAUUUCCGAUGGUGUAUGUGGUAGUCCCCUAAAUGUCCAUAGCUUGUUCCCCAUGCCAGUAUUUGUGUGUAUUUCACCCCUGAUGAGAUCACAAUUGAGUGCUAACACCUCACAUGCAUCCUGUUCAGACAUUGUAUCCUUUUUGACAUUUGUCCUUUCCAAAUAUUAUCUAUUGAUAUUAAAGUUUAUGCAUGUUUGUAUCAGUUUAAAUAUGUAUAAUGUUUAUUGCAUAGAUAUAACUGAUAAUGUAAUGAGUAGAUAAUGAGGCACUAUGUUGCAUGCUGUAGGCUACGCAGGCUGAUUGAAUGAAUGUACAGUAACAAAUGCAUUUUACUGAUCUGAAUAUGGAUGAAUGUAUCGUAAGGUCGGCCUCCAUCCAAUAAACAUACGUCUUGGUAAGUGAUGCUUCUUUUACAUAAGACGGGAAUCAGUUUUUAAGUAUAAUAUUUUGCUUUAAAUACAGUAAGGAAAAAGAAAAAAGAAACACACAUAUGAAAACCAUUGCUACAAUUUCCUGCAAUGUGGAUUCCCACUAGAGGGUAUAAAAAUAUUAUUUUUCAGUUAAGAACUGGUAAAGCAUUAAGAUUACUUUCAGAAUCUUUUCACUUUUUUUUCUCUCGCUCCAACUGAGGAUUGACUCAAACUGGGAUAUAAUUAUUAAACUAUUCCCAUUCAGACAUAUUCAUCAGAAGGUCAGCUGGUAUGGUCGCCCGAUCAUGGUAGGGAUUUAGCUUUAACGUCUUAAACCUCCAGCAGAGGUUAUUGACCUAACACAGACAACUACUAACUGCUGUUGUUGUGUGGUCUCAGGUCUCUUUCAGUGUACCAACAAGCUCUUUCUGAGUGAUCACACCACAGGAAUCCACAUCAAGGAGUUUGCACGUAAAAAUGCUGCUAAUGCUCUAUCAGUUGCCAACAUGGUCAUGGGCAUGGCCUCCAUUCUCAGCAGUCUCAGUGGGCACCAUCAUGCUGCAUGUUGGCUGGUUCUGAUUGGCUACCUGCUGGAUUUGGCAGAUGGAGCAGUUGCCAGGCGACUCGAUGCCUGCUCUGCAUUGGGUGCCAAGCUAGAUGAUUUUGCUGACUUCACGACCUUCGGGAUUGCCACGUCGUUGCUUCUAAGGACACCUGACCUGGUGGACAACAUCCUCUGCAUGUGUUACGUCUUGUCUGUUUUUGUUCGCCUCUGUUUCUUCUCAAGCGGGAUCCCAUUCAUGUAUCGCGGCCUGCCCUGCAUCUACUCCUCAGCCAUCCUGGCCAGUGCCUCUCUGCUGUCAGGGGGAAACAUGGCCUUGCUGCGGGUCAUUGCAAUGGCCAUGAUCCUCUUUAUGAUCAGUCAGAACUUCUACCCCCAUGACAGAGUGCUGGAGUCCCAGGCCUGGAAGAAAGCAGUCUAUGCUGGAGGAGUCAUCAUGGUGUUCUGCUCUUCAUUCCCCCCUGCAUGUGUGUACUACCUGCUGUGGUCUGUGUCCUACAUAUUGUUCCCAACAUCCCUUUGGAGCAGUAAAGUGUAAAAGGGGUUCUGGCUUUUUCCAAAACUCCCAAAUAGGUUAACCUCUGGCACAUCUGGGUGAACCGAGGCUUCCUGCCAUGGAGGAUCCAACCUGAACAUGCUCAUGCGCCACAGGCGAACACUCGCUCUAUUUAACCUUUAUUUUAAUGUGACAUCUCUAAAACAGAACUCAGAUUCAAGAGAGUUAGAGUGAGGUAUGAGAAGGGCAUUUUAGUGUUACUGGUAAGGAUGAACCUUUAUUCUGUCUUAUGUUUUCAUUGCAUUUUCACUGAAGCCAGUGGUUGGGUGGCUUGUUCUAAAAACGGAAUUUUCAUUAGGAUUAUCUCCUGUAUAAUCUCCAUACUUUCAUCAUUGUUCAGUCACCACAUGAAAGCAGGGCUCAUAAUUUCUCCAGGAAUAAAAUAAACAGAAAGGAUUUCAAAUGAAAUAAUUACCUGAAAUUCAUAUAUAUUGUCUCUAAUUUGGUUUUUAAAAUGUUUUGUAAUCACACAGGACAUCACAACAUCUGUCCUCCGUAUUGACCUUAGCUCAAUGUGUAACUACAGUAUGUAGGUAUGGCAUUCAAUCUAAGAAUAUACAUUAUUUCUCUGCAGCAUUUUUAAGAUGAAAUAUUCCAUUUUUUGGUUUAUCAAUAACACAGUAAUUCAUACAGCACUAAUGACCAGUCUUGUGUUAGCUGACUGUCAGUUAAUAACCAUUAACUGACAGUCAGCUAACACAAGACUGGGGGUUGGGGUCACUUCAUUAUCAAAGCAUUCAGGUGAGGAUGGGCAUUUCCCAAAAUCCACUUUUUCCAUUUUGUCCGGGAUUCAAAUCCAGUCAUUUACAGUAAGAAACUUUCCAACAUGAUGAUGCAGUCAUUCCUGUUAUUUGAUUUGCUGUUUGAAUGUAUGUUUGAAGUAAGUUGAAUUGAAAGGCAACUGAUCCCAACCCUGGUUUUGGUGCAUUCUGGACAGAUUUUUAGUGUUUAAGACUUUUAGCUUUUUACCAAGUUGUGACUCUGUCCAAGAAACAAUGUUUGAUUUACAUAUUU